UUCGAUGCUUUGUUGGGACAAACGUCUCGCUGCAGGGGGAUGUGCAAACAAUGGCAAGUCGUUAAUACCAAGCCCGGAAGGAAAACAAUAUCAUGGUUAAGCACAAAAUAGACCCAUUUUGAAAAUACAUAAAUGUAUUACAUCAUGCACGUACAAUCAUCAACCUAUGAUGAACGAGUACGUGUAUAUUGUUUUUGUCAUCUUUCAGUAAGUACCCCAACAAGCUUAAUCAAGGCGAUGACAUAAAACAUUAUCUGGAUGAUCUCUAUAUAUAGCCGUGUUUGAUGUAUAUGCUGAUCAAUGCCAGACGACACAUGCAACGUCGAUUCUAUAUCUACGGAGGCGCUACCAUAAUUGAAUAAAAACAUGUGAUAUUCAGCUGCUCCCACUCUUCGCACUUGAGAGGAAAGCCAAGCGUCGGGUCUGAAGUUCAAGUAGUUGUUUGUGUUUGGGAUGCCAGAGCACAGAGUCAACCGUGGUGAUCAUAUCCACCGUGAGGCCCGAUGAGGCAUACAUCAUCUCGAGGAGAGGAGACAACAACCCAUUCGGUCAAUGUUAUUGAUGCUGAAGCUGAAGCCGAGAUGCAUGGAUAUACUAUAUCCAUAUGCUACAUGUUAUCUUCAAAACAUUCAGUUUCGAUUGUCUGAAUAUGCAGCUUCUGUCUCCCGGGUGCAUUGUGAUUCGAUUCUGAUGAAAGCUUGAGAAGAAACGCGAUAGGUGUGAGCCAUUUUGUGUGCUACAUCCCUCGGGUCAUUGGUGUGUUAAAAGUCGUCUUCCUUCAGUUCAGUUGUAUGCAAACCAUUCUGUGCGACGCGGAUUCUUGUAAAGCAUUCAUCCUUCCAGUAAUAUAUCAUGCGAAUAAUAAUUCUUUGUGCUGAGAAAAAGGACCCUCAUUCUGCGCUCCUACGCAACGCCCGAAAUUGAACUUGGGUAAAUCGGUAUUGUUUUUCUGAUUCGAGUGCGACACUGCCUGUGACGUCAUCUUCGCAAUGGGGGAUAUCCGAUUGGUUUCAUCUAAACUAUAGCACUCAUAUAUCCACACAACAUGAGAUAAUUUACUCUGCAGCCGUCUACAAGAACAUAACAAACAUAUAAUUUCAUUUGUGGAACAGAUGAAUACAAGACAGAUGCAACGAUUGACCAUGCAGUGUCUCACCCACAGCUCGAUUUCUUUAAAUUAACUUAUAUUCAUGCACAGCGGACAAGUAACUUGUUAGUAUUUAGACAACAAAUAUACGUAAAGGAACCAUUAACUCUGUACUAUAUAUUUGAAUCAGCUGAAAAACGCACGGAACUGAACUUUGGAUUUGUUAUUGUUUUCUGGAUGCGAAGGAUGAUCGACAUGCACUCACGCAGAGUAUAGAUCGGUGUGGAUGUGUUUGAUAUCCUUGGUAUGUGAGGCGCUAGCUCGCUUCAUGGCCUAACAUAACUAACUUAAUUAUCUUUGACAUUAUAUACGAAAGGUAUAUAUAGAUGUCCUGUUUGAGUAGAAGAUGUAUACAGACAACGGAUGAAAGCCCAAUGCGUCUUUAAGUUGAAUUGACUCGAGGGCGAGUGAAAUAUUUCAACUGUAAUUAUCUUCAUUAUAUUUAUGAUUUCUAUUAUCGGAGUAAACAAAAACCCUUGAAGGCCUAUCACUAUUAAAUUGGUAAACGUAUGUAGAGGGUUAAUCGGAGUCGAAAAGAACGGAGAAGUACUGGCUUGAUUGAACUAUAAGGCCACUUUGGCUUAGCGGUGAACACCAUAUCAAUGUUAACCAUCUUUUUGAUAUAUGGAUGCCUCAGUUGCUCAAAUGAUCGGAGGAGAACAAAAACACGAUUAGGCCUAUCAUUGUUUGUUAAUUGGUAAAUGUAUAUACAGUGUAUUCAAAUAUCAGUCUGACGAUUAUCUGACCACUCGGAUAGCACCAAUCAACUGUCUCAAAACUGACCUCAAAAUAAACAUGACUAUUUUAAGAAUAUAGAUAUAGGUCUUUAGACUGUUGUAUUAAACUUACUAUGGAGUGUGAAUCAGAGGCUACAGGACCGUCUGAGGUCGAUCGCAAGAUCAUCGAAGAUUUCUUCAUGGAGCAUUGUCGCAGUAGUCAGGCCCGACUGGGACGCCUCGACGUCGAUUGCUGGUCCGUCACUCGACGACUUGUCUCAUUCCUCUCCGAGAUCGAUGACCACGAUGCAUCACAGCCUCCACGUCGUGUUCGUUGGAUCAUCCGGAAACCCAUAUCGGUGUUGCGGGAACCCAAACGAUCUCAUCCUUUCAAACGACGCAUCGCUCAUAUCUUUCGCAGACGAUUACCCGCAGACGACAAGCAUGUAUCGCGAAAUGAAAAGUCCCGCCAAAAAGGACACCGCACGACGAACUCUCAUCCGACAUCACCGGUCGUCUUCGAGAGCUCUAAAAUCAGCCACUGGGUUGUCGAAUGGAAGGGAUACGUCGUUGACGCAACCGUCAUGCAGUUCGUCGAACUCGAAUCCGUAUUAGACAACGAGGGGACGGAUAAUUUAAGGAAGCGAUGUUAUAAUGAUGACGAGUCGAUGUCAUUUAAGAGUUGUUCUGACAUCCAUCCGCCCUGGGUGCAUGAGCUUGUAUCGCGAGGAGGAUGGCAUAGAGAUUACGCGCAGGGAGUGGCGACCAGGCCGUACUUCUUCGGUAAGGAGAACGAACAUCCGAUUCGAUGUCACGCUGAGGUGGUCAUUUGAAGUGGGCAUCAAACAUGAUGGACUUUGCAAAGAUAGUUAAGCAGAGCCAUAAAGAUUUCAGAUAUGCGGCGAUGUCAUUAAAACGGGUAUUAAAUAAUCAAUAUCUUUCAUGACUUUUGUUUUUAUAAUACAAGGCUGGUAUUUGAGUUGUUCACUCAACCUAAAACAUCUCUUCCUAUGUUCACGACUUUCAUAAUAAUUAUUCCGAAUGAGUUCAUAGUCUUCCAUUUGCUGACUUUGAAAGCUUUGACUUAUCAUGACGUUGAAAAUUGCGCGAUACUGAUUGAUUAUUAUGUUUUUCGCAUAAUGAUGAAGUUGAAUGCCGUAGGCCCAUUACUGAAUCAGUAUUAUUUUUCCAUCUUCUCAAUUUUAUAUGACUGUAUACCAAAGAACUACCAGGAAAUAUUCGUACGGCGUGACGAAAAAUCCGUCCUAAUCAUUAUGGGAUGUAAUAAGCCGAGAAGCAAAUAUGAACACCCAGUAAUAUGCUUUUUAAAGCAAAAGCUGCAGUUUGUACAUAUUUAGAUUAUUUUCUUUCCUUGAUGUACAUGUAUAUGUCCAUGAAAUAGUUAAAUGGAUGUAAGACGAAGAGUUUAUGUAUUACAUCUCAUGGAACGAUUUUGAUUAUGCAACAUUCAGUUCUACAAUCAUGAUUGUUCAAUUCAUCGUUCACUAAUGUCUUGAUAAUUAUGUAUGUUUUGAGAUAUUGGAUAUAAUAUUUAUCCUUACCAUAAA